AUUUUAGUUCUGAUUUGAACUUUGCUUAAAGCGGUUGAGUUUAACGGAAUAUUUAUUGAAAGACAGUGAAAACGUUUAUAAAAAUAAAAAUUUAUUAAUUACAAAUAACAAUCAGUUGAAUCUUGCCAAACAAAACUCGCUAAUAUAAAAUCAAUAAAUUACAAAAAAAUAUAAAAACGCAAAACGUUAAACCUCUACGGGCAAUAGAACAAAUAAAUAUAAAAAAUUCUAAAUAUAUAAAGAAAAAAUAUCAAUUACCUUCUGCUAGAUAACUGGGUGUGAAGAGCUUUAUCUAUUUAUUCAAAUUACACAGUGUCAAACCAUUACACGGUGAUUAAGUUUUACAAUCCCGCUUUUUGCCCUGUCUACAGGCCUCAUUUACACACUAUGGUAAAUCAUAAUUGGUUUUUAGCCACUGUGCUACUAUGGCUACUACUUUGUUAUCACAUCUUGUGUAUAAAUGCUCAGAGUCAAAAUGCAAUUGGAGCUCAUCGAACAUUUCAAAAGACUUCAUUUUCGUGUGCUGGACGACCAUCUGGCUACUAUGCUGAUAUUGAAACUGGUUGCCAGGUCUACCACAUGUGUGAUGGUCUGGGACGACAAUUUAGCUAUUCAUGUCCGAAUACAACCUUAUUCCAACAGCGCAUGCUAAUAUGCGAUCAUUGGUAUAUGGUGAAUUGUUCCAAAGCUGAAAGCGAUUACACGGCAAAUUUGUUAAUAGGCCAACGUGAUAAACCAUUUGUUAAUGAUGAGGAAAAUAGCUUGCGUACCCCCAGACCAGAUCUUUUAGAUCGUCCUUAUGCUCCCGACUACUCAGGGGAAUCGUUUAGAAACCAAUAUCAAAAGUCACUUUCAUCGGUGCUUAAUCAAAUCUAUGAUCAUACAGCUCAAAAAAUGAAAGAUAAAACUCUACAAGCUCAACAAAACCAAUUGGGUACUGGACAACAAAGAUGGAAAAUACCACCACCUAGUCGCAUUAUAUUACCACCAGCCUAUGAGCCCCAAAUAUUAGAGGAAAGUAGUGCAAAACCCUCAACCCGCACCUCGUAUUAUACCACAACUAUUACGACCACAACACGAAAACCUUCGACCUUGAGACCAACAGCAACUACUAAAAAUCAAUCUACGAAAUUUAACAAUGUUGCUGCUUUACACAAUCGACACGAUGAACAUUUGCAAUUGGAACACGAUGACUUAGGCACUAGUCACAGUACUCGUUACAACACUUCGGCUGACUUUAAUUCAGCCGAAGAUCGUUUUGCUAAAACCCCACAAAAAGCUACUACACCACGAAAAUCGACGUACAACAGCAACUUUAACAAUGCCUUUACCACAGCCAAACCCACCACCACCACGAAGAAAACAACAUUAAAUCCUAAAAUAAAAGUACCUUCAAAAAUCUACGAGCCUCCUUUAUUAUAUCCCAUUUACAAUAUGGACGACAACACAGCUACAACUACAAUGAGACCUACCUUUAGAGCAUCAACUGCUUCACCAUUUGUUACACGUGUAUCGGCUACCACAAGUACCACCACUACCAAGGCCCCUACUCGUCCAACAACCGUAAUAGGUAAACCAUUUACUCGAUCCUCAUUUAGCACCAGCACAAAAGUGGGCACAAAUUCCAAUAACAUUGAUAGAUUUGAUGUUUCGAAAUUAAGUAAAGAAAUUAGAACACCAGCACCAGCCCAAGGAUUUAAACCACCCACUCCCACUCCACCGGUUAAAAAUUCUAGAACUUCACAAAAUUCCACUUAUAAUAAACCAGAUCGGGGUAGUGUAAAACAUGAACAGCCCUCAAAACAGUUGUUACCACCUUUAGCAGAUUUUAUAACACAUGAUGUGGCUACCACUCAAGGACCUCCUAUAUAUUACGAAUGGAAAGUUCCCUCAGAUGGUUUAGAGCCACCAAAACUAGAUUCUCCCAUAGGAGUAGAUGGUAGAGAAUACCCUGAAACAGUUAUUGAUUACAAUUCUAUAAGUACAAAUAAUGGCUUCACAUCAAUCUCCUCUUUUGGCAUAGACCAAAAGAAAAGCAAUAAUACGAGCAAAUCCGAAAAUAAAACUACUGUACCCUCCCGUUCCCCCAUUUCUAGAUCAAUUAAGGAAACAGGCCAGCCAAAAGGUGUAAAUGAAACUAAAGCAAAAACCUCUAACACAAGCCCGACCAGAGCGUCUACUACUACACAGAAAUCUAGUAACCCAGGAGAUAUAUUCCAAAUACGUAAAGAACUUUCAGUUCCAGAAUAUGCUUUUCCUUUGGAAAAUGUUGGGCGCACAGGAUAUUUAGAUACAGAUGUUUAUAACUCAUUUCAAUUGAAAAUUCCUGAAAGACGUGCCGAUACAGAUGAACAUAUACAUUGGUAUGGUGAAAAUCCUAAGUGCCCUGAAUGUCAUCCGUCCUAUGUUAGACCGGGUACUUGCGAACCCUGUAUACGAAGAUAGGGCGAAAGUGUAACAGCAGUUUAUUGCAAAACAAGUAUUUUGAUUCGUUUUACAACUUAGUUUUUAAAAAUUUAAAUCAUAAACAACUUUUUCAUUCUUCUCUGUGCAAACUCAAUUGACAUUUUAUCAUAAAAAAAGAUUAGCUUAAUAAUGGAAAUUAUUAGAAGCAUUCGAAAUUACUUCACUUUGCAAUUAUGUUUCAUUAUAAUUUAUAAGUUAUUGUUUACCAUAUUAGUGUAAUAUGUCUUCAAGAAUUUUCCUAUUGUAUACAAUUUAGAUAACAUAAAUACUACUUAUAAUAUAUUAAUACACAAUAACGUCUACGAGAAAUGUUGAAAUUAAUACAAAAAGUUUUAAAAAUAAACGUUCAAGAUUGUUCAAAUAUUUGGUAAAGUGAGAUUAAAAAAUGGCUUAUUUUGGCCUUAUUUUGUCAAAUAUUUAAAAGUGUAUAUUAUUUAAAAUAAGUGGUACACCCUUAUUUUUAAUUUUUAAGUUUUUAACUUAGUAUUUUUUAUUUUUAUACAAAUUAUUAUUUAACUUUUUAGUGCGAUUGGCAUUUUUUAUACAAUUGUUUGUUACGACAUGUUUCGUAAAUAAUAAAAAAAAAUUAUAAAAAAUAAAAAAAAUAUUUUUUUUUAAUUGCACCUCGAUUUACAUUACAAGCCAUGCCUUACAUAUCUAUGAAGGAAAACGAUUUUAAUACAUGAUUGAAGUACAAAGAAGUAACCAAACCUACGAAAACUUUGUAAUGUCUGAUAAUCGUAACAGCAAAGGCAAUGUCAAUUUUCAUACUUUUAGUUAAAUAUAAUGAAUUUUAAAAUUAAAUAGUAAUAUCUAAUUAUAUGUACAAUUAAACAACAUACCUUUUUUAAAUUAUCACCAAACAAAUUCUUUCCAAUUUAUCGCAAUAGAAAUGGUUUUGUUAACAUUUUUAUUUACACAAAUUUACGCUCUUACUAUAGCUCUUAAUAAAAUAGCAACAACAAUAUUUUGCUCUCUUAUUGCCUUUAUAUUUUUCUUAUACAAGAAAAUAAAACACAUACACGCACCCAAACAAAAACACACUACUUAUUUUGAUUUGCACUUGUUGUUGCUUUCUUCACGGCUUUUUUUUGCAAACAAAUGCAAUAAUGGUGAUUUGCAAUUUCUUAAAACACUUUUUUAAACGAUUUAUCACUUUUUACUUAAAAAUAUUUUUACAUAUUCACAAACUAGACAACCUAAGCUUUCUUUUGAUAUAAAUUUUAUUUAAAACAACCACUUAUUUCUUACUAUUUUUCAAUAAAAACAGACAAUUAUUUUCUUAUUUCAUUUAUACAUCCGAUUAUGUUGAAUAAAAAGCGCGAACUAAAUAGAAGUGUCAAAAUAAAUGGUUUACUUAGAGAGGGAUGGGUGAAUGUCAAUAAGGAUUGAGCAAAGAAAAACGAAGAUUAUAGUUGUUAGAUUAUGGUGAAUGUUUUUUGUUUGUUUUUUAAAUAGAAAAGUUUAAGCUUAUUUAAAUAAACAAAUGUUUUUCUAAUUAAACCUAUAUAAAAAGAAUAUAAUUAACGGAAAAACUACAACUGACUACAUGAAAUUAGAACAACAGAAUAUGAAUUCAAUAUUGAAAUUUUAUUUGUUUUGUUAUUUGCAUAACUAAGUGAUCAUUCGAAUAUAACAAAUCUUCCAAUUUGAUUUCUAUUCGGAUAUAAUAUGUUUACAGAGGGCAAAAUAUACACGACUAGUACCAAGAUGACAACAAAGUGUUCAUAAUUUUUGUGUGGUAAGCCUACUAUUGACAACAAUCCGUGAGCUUACCACAUUUGUAAACAUUUAGACAACGUAUGUGUAUAAGAUUUAGAUUUCGACAACGAAUGGUUACAAUGUCGUACGUAUGCGUAUACUUUGACAACGGAUGUUAUUGAAAAAUUAUAAACACUUAGGUGUCAAUUUGAUACAUAGUAUUGGUAAUUUAUAACGGUACACUUACUUCUAUAUUACUUAAUACAGGUUCUUACUUAAUAUAGAAAAUAAAAUAUCAAAAUUAUACGAAUUGAACUCAAAUAGGUUGAUUUCUUUAUUUGGAAAAAUAAAUCCUGGACGUAGUAAAAUACUAAUAACAUCCCUGUUGAAAAUUUUCAAUCUUAAAAUGUGCUGAAUCGAUGUUGAUAUUGUCAUACAAAUUUUAGUAGUGCUAUAUACAUAUUAAAUAUGUGGGUGUCAUUGAAUAUCCUCUAGUGACAUUAAGACUAUUGACGUGGUAUGAUCUAUGUACUCUUGGUACUAUGGGCCCAUACGGAUGACAUUAGAACAUUUCUAUAAUUUAUGGAACUUAAUAAAUUUACCAUUCUUAGAGAAUAUUGACAUGUUAGUUGACAAUGUCGCUAGAUAUACAUUAUAUAUUUUGUCUCUGUAUUUUUUUUUGUAUUGACACAAAUUAAUGAUUGAAGACUUUUGAACUACAUAGUGCUGUUGACAAAAAGACAUACGGAUCCAAUCUGACUUCAGGGUUUUACUAUAAACACAUACUUACAUAUGUAUAUCCAGUUUUAUGUAAUCAGUUAAUAUUUCCCUUAAUAUUAAGUAUGAUUAAAUACUUUUUUUAAUUCACAAGUAUAACAUUUAAACCGUAACUAUUUCAAACAAACACAAAAACAUUCACUCUAAUCUAACAACUCUAAUCUUUGUUUUUCUUUACAAAAACCUUAUUGUCAUUCACCCAACCUCCUCUAAAUCAAUUAUUUAUUUUGACACUUCCAUUUAGUUCGCGCUUUUUAUUCUACUUAAUCGGACGUAUAAUGAAAAAAAGAAAAUAAGUGCCUAUUUUAUAUCAAAAAUUAGUGAGAAAUAAUAGGUUGUUUUAAAUAAAAUUUAUAUCAAAAUGAAGCUUAGGUUGUCUAGUUUAUGAAUAUGUAAAAAUUUUUUAAGUAGAAGGUGCAAAAUUGGUUAAAAAAGUGUGUAAAAGAAAUGAAAAAUACCAUAAUUGCAGUUGUUUUCAAAACAGCAACAAAUGUAUGUAAAUAAAAAUAAGAAGUGUUUUUGUUUGUGUAGGAAAAAAAAUAUAAAGGUAAUAAAGAGAGCAGUGUUUUGUUGUUGCUAUUUUAUUAAGAGCUCUAUCUAGUAAGAGCGUAAAUUAGUGUAAAUAAAAAUGUAAACAAACCCAUUUUAAUUGUGAUAAAUUGGAAAGAUGUUUGUUUGGUGAUUUUUGUAAAAUGGUAAGUUAUUUAAAUAUUUUAUUAAACGUGAAAAUUUUAAUAAAAAUUUGAAAUUACGAUAACCAGACAUUACAAAGCCUUUUGUAAGUUUAGUUAUUUGUUCGUAUGUCAACCACGUAAUAAAGACGGCAUCUAUUUUCUUAAUAGAUAAGUUACAAAUUGUCUCUUUAAGAAAUUCGAAAUUCGAAAAAUUUUAUUUCGGUAACUUUUCAUUUAAAUUAAUUAAAAUUUUUUAAUUUUUUUAUCAGUUCUUAUGCCCCAGUAAAAUUACUUUAAAGUAUAGAAACCUCACAAACCAAAUUCGGAAUUUGAAUGGAAAUUUAUUCUUUCCCGAUUGAAUUUUUAAUUUAUUAAUCGAAAUAUUAUUCUAAAAACAUUUCUGAAUUUAUCAUAAAUCCCUUUACUAAAACCAAAUAAAAAUAAAAAACCUUCAAAUUGUUUAUAUAAUUUUUUUUCAAAACUUGUUUAUUAAACAUUUUUUUAAAUAUUUUUUUUUAAUUAACACAACUUAAAAUGU